AAAUUCAGCCGGUGAUUUAUUUGAUCAACUUGUGCUCUAAUUGGUGCGUAAAUAAAUAAUUAUUAUGAACGAUAUUAAACGACUGAAGGAACAGCAACGCGAUAAACAUCCAGGCUUCGACGGCUAUUUGGAUUGCAUGACCCGAGCUCUCUUUACGGGUUUGGCAUCGUUUUGUUUGGGAUUUGCAGGCACAUAUUUUAUUCAAAAGGCAGUUCAGAGGAAAAUACGCUAUCCGUCUAAAUACAACAUAUUAAUUUCCUCAUUGGUAGCUACAGGUGUCGCCUAUCAAACGACUACAACACGCACCAAAUCCUGCCAAGCUGCUUGGAUGGCCAUUGAAGGCAAACACACGGUGCUCAACGAGGAAAACUACUAACUUGUAAUCAACCAAAAUUUA